GUUAGAGUUGAGGCGCCGGAGGAGUAGCGCAGAGUGCGUGCGUCCCCCGCGGGGGGGUUCGUGCCCGCAGGCGGUGGGAAGCCGGGCUCCAGCCCAGUUUGGUGCAGCCUUGGCAGCGACCAACAAGGAGAGGGAGCUCCAUUAUUUAGGAUCUUCCUUGAGUUGUUUCCAUUUCAAAGAGAAGUGUUUUCCACGAGUAUAAAUUGUUCAUGUAACUCAUCUGUUUUUCCCUUUCUCUGGAAAGUGAGUGAUCUGAACAUCUCAUGAUAAGCAAGAUGCUGGUGAACAAUUAAGCUUUGAACAAAGCGAUGGGAUCGUAAUUUAUUUCAGCGUGAGGACUUUUAAUAGACCACGGUACUUUUGUGAAAGGCAGCAAGUUGGUACAAGAGCAGUUUUCCCACAGGAAAGAAAAUAAAAGUGCUUGGAGCAACUUAUUAAGGUAAACAGAUUGCAGUGGAUUUCUGGAUGGCAGAUCUGGAAUGGACUCGAGUCCUCUGGGAGGAUUAGAUUUGUCUGAAAAUACUCCUAGUGUACUAGGGAAUACCACCAUGGCAGCGGGUCUUGCAAAUGUAGGAAAUACAUUUGGAGGGCCACCAAGUUCUUUGGUUUCUAGACCUAAUAAAUUCCAAAACUCACCUAUAGAAGAUGAUGACGAUGUAGUUUUUAUCGAACCUAUACAACCUCCGCAAAAUUCUACAUCACUGGUAGCAGACCAAAGGAAUGCUGCAUUUACAUCAUCUAAAAGUGAAGAACUUAAAGGAAAUGAUUGCAAAAUGCUUCCUUCUCCAAAAGACUUACAUUCUCGAAAGGGGAGUAUAAGUGAAACUAUUAUUAUUGAUGAUGAAGAAGACAUUGAAACAAAUCAAGGACAAGAGAAGAAUGCUUCCAGUUUUAAUGAACGAAGACUUCCAGAGUGUAAAAAUAGAACCAACGAAAUGGAAUUCUCACCUUCCAGUUUUUCAAGAAGUAAGGUAAAUUCAGGAAUAGGUAAUAGUGGUAUAACCACAGAACCAGACUCAGAAAUUCAGAUUGCUAAUGUUACUACAUUAGAAACAGAUGCUAUGAGCUCUGUCAGUGUUGGUCAUUUAGAAAGUGAUGGUGAUGGGUGUGACAUGAACCUAAUGAUUACACAUGUAACGUCACUGCAGAAUGCCAGCUUGGGAGAUGUAUCUAACGGACUGCAGUCACAUAAUUUUGGUGUUAAUUUGCAAACAUACACCCCAUCUUUGACUUCACAGACCAAGACUGGUGUAGGACCUUUCAACCCUGGUAGAAUGAACGUGGCUGGAGAUGUAUUUCAAAAUGGAGAAUCUGUGACUCAUCAUAAUCCUGAUUCUUGGAUAUCCCAAUCAGCUUCCUUUCCUAGGAAUCAGAAGCAACCAGGUGUGGAUUCCUUGUCACCUGUAGCAUCCCUUCCUAAGCAAAUUUUCCAGCCUUCUCCCCAGCAACAGCCUUCUAAGCAGGUUAAAGUCACAUGUGCGAACUGCAAAAAGCCUUUACAAAAGGGACAGACUGCAUAUCAGAGGAAAGGAUCAGCUCACCUUUUCUGCUCCACUACCUGCCUCUCAUCAUUUUCACACAAGCCCACUCCAAAGAAACUUUGUGUCAUGUGCAGAAAAGAUAUAACAACAAUGAAAGGUACCAUUGUUGCUCAAGUAGAUUCAAGUGAGUCUUUCCAGGAGUUUUGCAGUACAUCAUGUUUAUCCUUUUAUGAAGAUAAACAGAAUCCCUCAAAAGGAGCCUUGAAUAAAUCAAGAUGCACAAUCUGUGGUAAACUAACUGAGAUUCGUCAUGAAGUUAGCUUUAAAAAUAUGACUCAUAAGCUGUGCAGUGACCAUUGCUUCAAUAGAUACAGGAUGGCAAAUGGUUUAAUAAUGAAUUGCUGUGAGCAUUGUGGGGAGUAUUUGCCCAGUAAAGGAGCUGGAAACAAUGUCCUUACUAUUGAUGGUCAGCAGAAAAGAUUCUGCUGUCAGAACUGCGUUGGUGAAUACAAGCAGAAAUGUGGCCAAUUAACAUCUUGUACUGGCUGCAGAGCUCAGUGCAGGUUUUUUGACAUGACUCAGUGCAUAGGACCUAAUGGAUAUAUGGAGCCAUACUGCUCAACUGUAUGCAUGAACACACACAAAUCAAAAUAUGCAAAAUCACAAAGUAUGGAAAUUAUUUGCCACUUUUGUAAGCGAAACUCUUUACCUCAAUAUCAAGCCACAAUGCCUGAUGGAAAACUGUACAACUUUUGCAGUUCCAGUUGUGUAGCUAAAUUUCAGACGCUCAGUGUUCAGUCUUCAACAAAUGGUCAGUUCGUCUCUCCCAGUGAUAUUCAGUUGAAAUGUAAUUAUUGCAAAAGUUCUUUCUGUUCAAAACCAGAAGUACUGGAAUGGGAGAACAAAGUAUAUCAGUUCUGCAGCAGAGCAUGUUCUGAUGAUUAUAAGAAACUGCACUGCAUAGUUACGUACUGUGAAUACUGUCAGGAAGAGAAAACGCUCCAUGAAACAGUGAAUUUCUCUGGUAUCAAAAGACCCUUUUGCAGUGAAGGCUGCAAGCUGCUAUAUAAACAAGACUUUGCAAGACGGUUAGGACUGAGAUGUGUUACUUGUAAUUACUGCUCACAGCUGUGCAAAAAGGGAGCAACUAAGGAACUUGAUGGUGUAGUGAGAGAUUUCUGCAGUGAAGAGUGCUGUAAAAAAUUUCAGGACUGGUACUACAAGGCUGUACGGUGUGACUGUUGUAAGUCUCAAGGAGCCCUCAAAGAGAAGGUGCAGUGGCGCGGCGAGAUGAAGCAUUUCUGCGAUCAGCACUGUUUGCUCCGCUUCUACUGUCAGCAGAACGAACCCAAUCUGGCCACCCAGAAAGGACCUGAGAACCUGCACUAUGAUCAGGGCUGUCAAACCCCCCGGACAAAAAUGACAGGCUCAGCUCCACCACCUUCUCCAACACCUAACAGAGAAAUGAAGAACAAGGCAGUUCUUUGCAAGCCUUUGACAAUGACAAAAGCCACAUACUGUAAACCUCAUAUGCAGACAAAAUCUUGUCAGACAGAAGACGAAUGGAAAAAAGAGUAUAUCCCAGUGCCUAUUCCUGUACCUGUCUACGUUCCAGUGCCUAUGAACUUGUAUAGUCAAAAUGUUCCUAUUCCUACCACGGUUCCUGUUCCUGUGCCAGUUCCAGUUUUUUUGCCCACUACUCUGGAUAGCACUGAGAAAAUCCUUGCAGCAAUAGAAGAGCUGAAGGGAAAUGUGCCCUCAGAUCCUCUGGAAGCUGAGCUACUGAACCUGUCAGGGGUGGUACCUGAACAUGUUGGAAAAGCUGAAACUUCUGAUGUGGCCAGUGUAAUAGUUGACUCAAAUCUCCUAAACUCAGAGUCACAGACAAGCUUGCCUGAUGUUCCAUAUGAGCCAGAUCUUGAUAUUGAAAUAGACUUUCCAAGAGCAACUGAGGAGCUUGAUACAGAAAAUGAGUUUUUGUUACCUCCUGUUUUUGGUGAAGAAUAUGAGGAGCAGCCAAGGCCUCGGCCCAAAAAGAAGGGCAUGAAGAGGAAAGCCGUGUCGGAGUACCAGGCGCACGAUGACAGCUCUGAGAACUCCGAGUGCAGCUUUCCAUUCAAAUACGCCUACGGGGUAAACGCAUGGAAGCACUGGGUAAAGUCACGGCAUUUAGAGGAAGAGCUUCCAGAGUUAGAGGAACUGAAAUCAAUAAAGUCUGUGAAAUUAAAGGAAGAUCUAUUAUCACAUACUUCAGCUGAGUUAAACUAUGGGUUGACACAUUUUGUCAAUGAAAUUCGAAGGCCUAAUGGAGAGAACUAUGCACCUGACAGCAUCUAUUAUCUGUGUCUUGGAAUUCAGGAGUAUUUAUAUAGGAGUAAUCGGAAAGACAACAUAUUUAUCGAUCCGGUCUACCAGACAUUUGAACAGGAAUUAAAUAAAAUCCUUCGAAGCUGGCAACCAAGUAUACUUCCAGAUGGAUCAAUAUUCUCUCGAGUUGAAGAAGAUUACCUUUGGAGGAUUAAACAGCUAGGAUCACAUUCACCUGUUGCUCUUUUGAAUACACUCUUCUACUUUAAUACUAAAUAUUUUGGUCUGAAAACAGUGGAGCAGCAUUUAAGACUUUCUUUUGGCACUGUUUUUAGACAGUGGAAGAAAAAUCCUCUAACAAUGGAAAGUAAAGCUUGUCUUCGAUAUCAAGUGUCUUCCCUGUGCAGAGCUGAUAAUGAAGAUAAAAUUGCUACUGGAAAAAGGAAACAUGAAGAUGAUGUUCCAGUAUUUGAACAAAUUGAAAACACAUCCGAUCCAGCUAGAUGCCCUGUGAAAAUGUUUGAGUGCUAUCUGUCUAAAAGCCCACAGAAUCUGAACCAGAGGACAGACAUGUUCUAUCUGCAGCCGGAGUGCUCUGUGUCGGCGGAGAGCCCCAUCUGGUACACUGCCACUUCACUGGACCGCAACACUUUGGAAAAUAUGCUCGUACGGGUUCUUUUAGUAAAAGAUAUUUAUGAUAAAGACAAUUAUGAACUGGAUGAAGACAUAGAUUAAAACAAAACUUCCAAAAACUGUCAAGACAACAAACAGCAUUAGAUAUAGUCAUGCUGCUAGACCUUUACUAUGGAAAACAUUUCAAGUUUACCCUUUGUUUUAUGAGUUUUGUAGCAGUGUGUACCCUUACCUGGGUAUUACCAUGUAAAUAGUUUGUGAGUGAAAGUCUCCAUUAUUCUGCGUAGUGGUUUUAGGAUACAUAACAAACACAUUUCAGAUCUUUUUUUAUUAUUUAUUUGAUUAGGUAUGUAUGUAACUUUUUACAUUGCAAAAUAUGAAUGAGAAUGUGCCAUGUGUAAUUUUUUUUCCCCUUGUGGUAAGAUACAUCCAUGUUGCACAACUCUGCUGUUGGAAGCUCCCUUGGAGGAGGCUCUUUUAAUGGCUUCUUAAACCAGAUGGUUGUGUAUGGGUAGCACUACUAAAGUUUAGAACUUGCUGUGUCUUUCAGAAUUUUUAAAUGAAUUGUAAACUAAUAGGUUUUUUACUUUUUAGUUACUGAAGCCUUAUAAGGUUAUGUAGAGAGAUUCCAUCUUAUGUACCAAAAAUAGACAAAAGAGAAUGCUGUCAAUAUUGGUGUACUGUAAUGUGAAUCUAUUCUGGUGAAAACACCUUUUUGUUGCCCUUAUUAAAACCUUAGUGUCCUUUCGUUAUUUGUGACUCUCUCUCAAUUGCCCCUACAAAUAAAAUAUAUAUGUAAAAAUAAGUGAAUAUAAGCUUAGAGCAUGUGGUCAUCAAGACAUGUAUUUUGUUAAAAGGAAAAUUGAAACCAAAAGCCCCUCAAAAAAAAGGAAAAGGAAAAAAAAGAGAUGUCUGAUGACAAUGCUGUAUUAUUCUUUUCUCAUCUUUACUUUUCAAUCAUAAAUGCCAGUACCUCAUAUUAAUGUAAAUUUGUCCUUUGUAGCCUUAUAGAAAGGGUUAUAUGCCACAUUACAUGGAGUAAUAUGGUAUGCUAAAUUUUAACUUGUAUGUCCUUUCAUUGCUGUAUUUGAAUACAGUCAAUACUUGACUAUGGAUGGAAAGAUUCUUUUAACUAAUGCCUCCAUUCAAAAGCCAUAUGAGAUGUGAAGUUGCAACAAGUUAAAAGAUAAUUUUUCUUGAAGAAAAUCCUUUCAUUUGCUCUCUAUUCUUUCCUUGUUCUUACUUCACUCAAGUAGUCUGAUUUCCAGAUACAUGUUUAACUGCUUAAAUUUUGUUACUUGCUCUUAUUUAACUAAUACAAACAAUAUGGUGGUUUAAGCAAUGGAUUUGCUGUUGUACUAAAAAAAAUGUAGUAGAGUAUUCUACUAUAAAGAACUCAUAAGCUUAAGUCUCUCCUAAAUGGCAUUAAUUAUCUGUUGAGAGGAAUCUACUAAAGGAGAAACUUCCUAUGUAUAUAUAUAUUACCACCUGCGGAUUUAUUUCUUGCAAGGGCUGCAUGGCUUUUUCAUUUUCCUUAGCUGAAAAGAAUGCACAUAAGGAUGCAUCUUUCUAUAUAGAUAAAUAAAGCUUCAGUUGCUUUGUUUUGUUAAA